UCAGAGCUCAGAGAGAAACUACAGGACGUCCUGAGAGACUCAUGGACAAACAUCUCACUGAUGGUCACUAAAGUUGGUGUACUGCUGUCAGAACCAAGACCAGAACCAACAACCAGAGCUGAAUUCUUGAGAUAUUCAUGUGAAAUCACUCUGGAUCCAAACACAGCACAUGAAUAUCUGGUUCUGUCAGAGGGGAACAGGAAGGUGACAAAAACAUAUAAAUCUGUGUCUUCUAGUCACCCAGACAGAUUUACAGAAUGUGAACAAGUUCUGAGUAAAGAGAGUCUGACUGGGCGUUGUUACUGGGAGGUGGAGUGGACAGACAUAAAAACUACUGUAGCAGUCGCUUACAAGACCAUCAGAAGAAUAGGGAAAGGGAAUCAGUGUAGAUUUGGGUACAAUGACAGAUCUUGGGCAUUAGAUUGUUCCCAAAAUACCACGCAUUCAAGCUUAUUGAAGAGCGAGAAUUAUGAAUUUUUCCACAACAAUAGUAAAACUUCCAUCUUCGCUCCUGAUUCUUCCACAAUCGGAGUGUACCUGGAUCACAGAGCAGGUAUUCUGGCCUUCUACAGCGUCUCUGAAACCAUGACUCUGAUCCACAGAGUCCAGACCACAUUCACUCGGCCGCUGCAUGCUGGAGUUUUUCUGCAGUACUGUGGUGACACUGCUGAAUUCUGUCAACUUAAAUAGAAAAAACUAAGACCUUAAUGUGUGUGAUUACAGUGUACAAAAAGGUUUUUAUUUUAUCAAAGUAAAUGAUUAUCCUCUUAAAUGCAUAUUAUUAAAAGAAAAUUUAUUUUAAACUAUCAUAGCAGCAAAAACAGUAAAUAAAAUGACAAAAGAUUCCUCAGGUCGAAAUAGUGAGACUGAUUCUUUGAUCAUUCUUGAACACAUGUUGUUGAGUCACACAUAAGAGAACAUUUAUUGUCUUAUUGUUAACUUUAGCUGAUUGCAUGUCUUGAUUUUUGGGAGCAGAAACUCCAGAAUAAACUGUCAUGUUGCUUCACUGUUUAUCUGUGUUGGUGAUGGGACGCUGCCCCCUACAGGACAGCUGUGUUAAUGAGUCAAUGAUGGUAUUUUUAUGAAUUUGUAUUCUUGUUACUUAAAUCAUAAGUUAACCGUUUAUGUUUAAACCGAUAGAGUAGUUUCUGCCAAAUGAAUCAUUUUGUAACAUAUAAUCUCUAAUAGCCUUUUGUUCUGUUCUUUAGAUACCAGUUCUCUGUGUAAUACCAUGUUGGUAUUGUAAUUUGCAUAUAUGUGAACCAAAAUAAAAUGUGAACA